AUGCAUUACAAGUUAAUACAUAAUUCAACUUCAAAUAAGAAAGGUAAUAUUUGGAUGUUUUGGAGCUCAAAUAUCACAACACCUUCAGUAGUAUCUAUUUCUGCUCAAGCUAUCACUGUGGAUGUUGGAGGAUCUUUAGUAACAGAUGUGCAUAUUGCAUGCUUAACUAUAGAUAGAAGAGAGCUUUGGGAGGAAUUAGAGUUUUUAAGUACUUAUAAUAAACCAUGGAUGGUUAUAGGUGACUUUAAUACAAUUAUGUGUGCUGAGGAGAAACAUGGGGGGAGAAAUCCUUUAACCAUAUCCAUGAAUGAAUUUCAUAAUUGCCUUCAUGCUUGUGGUUUAAUGCAAGCAUUUAAAACUGGGAUUGAGUUCUCCUGGUGUAAUAAUAGAGCAGGCUCCAAGAGAAUUGUUUGUAACCUGGAUAGAGCAGUUUUUAAUACAAAAUGGUUAGAAAAAUAUCCUGGUUGGAGUUAUAAAGUGGGUACAAGUGGAACCUCAGAUCAUAGUAACCUUUUGGGUGCAAAUACAGUCAUACCAAAGACUGCAAAUGUUCCUUUCAGAGCAUUGAGAGUAUGGCUCAGUCACCCUGAUUUUUUGAAGUUAAUACAAGAUACUUGGGAAGUUGAAGUAUUUGGAAAUCCUGCUUUCAUAUUUUUAAAUAAACUUAAACAUUUGAAGCAAAUCAUAAAUGACUGGAAUUUGAACAUUUUUGGUGAUGUGAGAGUUCAGUUACUGAAUGCAGAAAAAGAAGUAGAACAAGCAGCUCUAAAUUCUGACAGGGUACCAGAUAAUAUUGAAUUAUUGAACAAACUGGUCACAACUAGAGGCAAACAGGAAAUUCUAGAGCAAAGAAAUAAAGAAAUAGCUCAACAAAAAUCCAGAGUUCAGUGGUUAAAGGAGGGUGCUUCAAACUCCAAUUUCUUUCAUACUUCUAUAAAGAUAAGACAGGCUCAUAAUGCAAUUACAGAGCUAGAAAGCUUAGAUGGAAGUAUUGUAUCCACACAACAAGAAAUUUCAAAGAAUUUGGUGGAGUAUUUUGAAAACAAAUUCAAAAAGCAAGAUGUCACAUUUGCUGAGAAUAUUUUUGCAAACAUCCCCAUGGUUAUAACAGCUAAGGAUAAUAUGAUGCUUAAUGCUACUCCAAGUAAUGAAGAGAUUAAAUCAGCAGUUUUUGAGAUGGAUCCAGAUAGUGCCCCUGGCCCAAAUGGCUUUUCUGGUUGGUUUUACAGAAGUGCAUGGCAUAUAAUUGAGAAGGAUUUCAUUGAAGCAAUCCAAUAUUGUUGGAGCAGAAAAUUUAUACCUAAAGGAAUGAACGAAAACUUCCUUACUCUUAUUCCAAAAGUUCAAGGGUCCAAGAAGGCCAAUCAAUUUAGGCUCAUUGGUUUAAGUAAUUUCUGUUUUAAAGUAAUAACUAAAAUAAUUACUACCAGAAUGGGAUGUGUGGUGGAGAAGGUAGUUUCCCCUCAGCAAGGUGCUUUCAUUAAGGGGAGAAAUAUUCAACAUCAAAUAGUGCUAGCAUCUGAGCUUAUAAAUGAAAUGCAGACAACUAGAAGAGGAGGAAAUGUUGGGUUAAAGCUGGAUAUAACACAAGCAUAUGAUUCCAUCAGUUGGGAUUUUUUAUUUCACGAUAUGAUCACUUUUGGCUUUUCAUAUCAACUCAUUCAAUGGCUUACUGUGUUAUUUCAAUCCACCAGGAUUUCAGUGAUGGUGAAUGGAGGUCCUGCAGAUAAAAGGAAUAUUGAGAAGAUGCUGAAGAUCUUGAAGGAUUAUCAAGUCUCAUCUGGUCUGAUUGUAAGUUUGGAGAAGAAUAAGUGCUUUGUGGGGGGUACUUCUGAUAAUAGAAAGAUGCAGAUUGCUAGCUUAUGUGGUAUGUUUCUGUCACAUUUCCCAGACAAAUACUUAACUGUGAAUCUUGUCCCAGGGAAAAUUAAAUCAAGUCAUGUAUGGGGUUGUGUAGAUCAGAUUCAGAGCAAGAUUCCAGGAUGGAUGGGAAGGAUGUUAUCUUUUCAAGAAAUGCUUAUUUUAGUGAAACAUGUCUUGUGCAGCAUGCCAAUAUACAAUAUGUCUGUAUAUAAAUGGCCUAGAAAAGUUCUUACUGAAUGUGACAGAAUUAUUAGAAAUUUUCUUUGGUCUGGAGACCCAUAA